AUGGUGUCUCCUCAAGUAACCAACCUAGCCAUCAUCUUGGUGAUGAUGCAGCUGGCUAAGAAGAUUCCCUUCGAUGACCCCAAUGUCCUGCUCAUGGUACGCGGCAUGUACAUCUUGUCGAACGUGAUCAUCCUGGCCGUGUACCUGUACACACAGUCGAAGAUCAACCAGAAAAAGGAUAUGACGACACUGAAAUAUGUCGAGCCCGCUCCCAUGGGCAGUGGCGAGGAGCCCCGUCCCGUCACCACGACCAACAUGGAUUACGACAAGUCGCAGCUGCGCCAGUUGAUCCGCAGCCAGCUCAUGGGUGUGGGCAUGAUGGGUGUGAUGCACGUGUACUUCAAGUACACCAACCCGCUGCUUAUCCAAUCGAUCAUCCCCCUGAAGGGCGCGUUCGAGUCCAACCUGGUCAAGAUCCACCUGUUCGGCAAGCCGGCGACCGGUGAUUUGCAGCGGCCCUUCAAGGCCCAGGGCGGCUUGAUGUCUCAGGGUCAGCCCAAGAGCGAUAAGGCGUCGAUCGAGAGUGCCGAGAAGAAUUGGCGAGGCGGUGUCAAGGAGGAGUAA